AUGGUCAGAAAUAAACCAUCAAUCGCUCUUCUUCACAAGGCAACAAUUCCGAAGGAGACAACGACCACGAGCAUGUCUUCUAACAUGUCGAAUGAGACAAUUGCGCAAGAAGAGAAUGCAAAUGUAUCCUAUGACAUGCCUAAUCUUCACAAGAUAGCAGUUGCUCAAGAGACAGCCGCUCGAGAGGCGACUUUCCAGGAGAUAGCUUGGGGAAACACGAAUCAUCCGAGAACAUCUUAUGCCCUGGCUCCUAUACCCACCUCCCGUCACAAAAGGAGAGAGAUGCAAGAGAUGGGUUCGGAAGGUGCAGCUCUUGCAAGCAUGUCCUCUGACAAACCUCAAAGACUACCGAUUCGUAGCCUCAAAGCAAUCGCCCCGGGAGAGCUCGAAAAUCAAGGAGUACAGAAUCCAGAGACCCAGAGUAUGGAAGUUGACAAGGAAGCCGAAAAGUCAUGGCAGCAAACCGAGGACAUAUUGGUUAAGAACACAAUGUCUUGGAUUGCCGACGACAAUGCUCCUGAUGAGACAUUAUAUGAGACGAUGAAGAAAUCUAAUGGACUAUCAUCAAUCAGAACCGCAUACGGUGCUACGAGUACUGAGCAAACUUUGUUUAGACAAUACUGUGAUUAUCUAGAAAGGAACACGUCCAGUGCAAGCGCCAUGGGAACUAAGGAAGCUAAAACCGCAAAAGAAGAGAUCAGGCUCAAGGAACCUGAGGAUUAUGCAGAACCAUUCAUAAACUUUAUGACAGAAAAUCCAACGGUAUGGCAUGCUAUCCAAUACUGGGAGAACAAGUUGGAGAAAGCUGGGUUUUCCAAGCUCUCCCCACGGGAAUCGUGGAACGAUAGACUUGAGCCCAAUGGAAAAUACUACUUGAAUCGUAAUGGUACAUCCUUAAUUGCAUUCUCCGUUGGUGGCGCCUACCAAUCUGGAAAUGGAAUCGCAAUGGUCGCAGCACACUCCGAUUCACUUACAGCUCGCCUCAAGCCCAUCAGUACGAAAAACAACAAGGCUGGAUGCGUACAACUUGGAGUUGCUCCUUAUGCCGGUGCUUUGAAUGAAACAUGGUGGGACAGAGAUCUUGGUAUUGGUGGUAGAGUUUUGGUCCGGGAUGAAUCUGGAUCCAUUUCCCAAAAGUUGGUAAAAUUGGGUUGGCCAAUUGCACGUAUCCCAACUCUUGCUCCUCAUUUCGGUGUUGGAAUGUUUGGUCAAAAUAACAAAGAAACACAACUCGUACCAAUUAUUGGACUCGAUAAUUCAGAUUUGUCCUCAUCGUCACCUGAGACAUUUCAAACAUCAGCCAUAUCGGGUGCCAAAUCGAGCUUCAUCUCUACUCAACCACCAAAACUGGUAAAUCUCAUUGCCAAAGAAUUGGGCAUUGAAAACAAGGAAGCCAUCAUCAACUGGGAACUCGAACUCUUCGACACUCAACCAGCUCAGCUCGGUGGUCUCGAGAAGGAUUUGAUCUUCUCAGGACGUAUUGAUGAUAAAGUUUGUUCAUGGUCAUCCAUCGAAGCACUAAUUUCCAGCUCUACCUUGGAAAAAUCCAAAACAUCGGGUAUUAUCUCCAUGGUUGGUCUCUUCGACGAUGAAGAAAUUGGCUCUCUUCUACGCCAAGGUGCGAAUAGCAAUUUCCUUCCAGGAACAGUGGAACGUAUUGUGGAAAGUUUCAAUGAUUCCACAUAUAGCCCUAAUUUUCUAAUGGAAACAUAUGCUAAAUCUUUCCUCGUCUCGUUUGACGUUACACAUGCUACGAACCCUAAUUUCCUUGAAAAAUACCUCGAGAAUCAUGCUCCUAGACUCAAUGUGGGACUUACCCUUGAGGUUGAUAGUAAUGGGCAUACAACUACGGAUUCUGUCUCAACGGCUAUUUUCCAGAGGUUGGCAGAGAAGUGUGGACAGAAACUUCAGACGUUCAUGAUUAGAAACGAUUCUAGAUCUGGAGGUACUGUAGGACCCAUGUUGAGUUCUAAAAUGGGAGUUAGAGCUAUCGAUGUGGGAAUUCCACAAUUGAGUAUGCAUAGUAUUAGGGCGACAACUGGAAGCAAGGAUCCAGGAUUGGGAGUUAAGAUGAUUGAGGGUGUCUUUGAUGGGUGGGAAGAUGUGGAUGCUCAGUUUGCUGCUGGUAAUGGAUGGUAA